AUGCCUCAACACCAAGGUCCCUCGAGCCGCCGGCUCCUCCAAUUUCUGCUAUUGGUCGCACAAACUUCGGCUUCCACUCUUUACUCCACCUACAGCUUCAAUCCCCUUGAGCAUCUCGGCGGCAUAUCGCCUUACUUUGAGCCCCAAGACCCCCCAGCCUCUCCAGAUGCUCCCCAGGGCUGUAAACCAGAGCGUGCUGCCUACCUAGUGCGACACGCAGCAAUCUACGCAAACGACUUUGACUAUGAAGAGUACAUUGAGCCCUUCGUUGAAAAGCUGGAGAACCACACCAAGAUUGAUUGGAGCAAGAUCCCGUAUUUGAACUUCUUGGCCGACUGGUCUGCCCCAUUUUCGGAUGCCGAGGCCGAGCUUCUGACCCGAGUGGGCAGAUUAGAAGCGACGCAACUGGGAGUUGAUCUCGAGUUUCGGUAUCCCAAGUUGAGGCUCCCAAAGCGAGUUUGGACCUCAUCUGCUGAGCGAACCCUCAAGUCUGCUCAGUCAUUCGUCCGCGGACUCGAGAUGGACAACCAGACCAUCAAGGUCGAGAGCAUUUACGAGUCUGAAGAGUCUGGAGCCGACAGCCUGACGCCUUAUAGCGCCUGCCCUGCCUACUCGUCAUCUGCUGGUAGCGACGAGGCAUCCGUGUACCAGGAGAAGUACGCAAAGCCUAUCAUUGCCCGGCUAAACGACCUAGCUCCCGGUUUCAACUUUACCGUCAACGACAUCUUCGGCAUGCAGCAGUUGUGUGGAUAUGAAACCGUCAUUCAUGGAAAGUCUCCCUUCUGCAACCUGGAGCUCUUCUCGCCCGAUGACUGGCUUGGCUGGGAGUACUCGGAAGAUGUUCGAUACCACUACAACGUUGGUUAUGGCAACCAAGUCUCGGGCUACGUCGGCCUUCCAUGGUUUAAUGCGACAGCCGAUACCCUCCUCAACAAGGAGUCAGAUGACCAGGACCUGUAUGUUAGCUUCACUCACCGUGAGCUGCCUCCCAUGGUGUUGGUCGCAAUGGGCCUGUUCAACAACUCCCAGUUUGGAGGUCCGCCUCAGAUCAACGACACGAUGCCGCUGAGCCGUAUCAACUACCGACGAGCCUGGAAGAGUUCUCAUGUCUUGCCUUUCCUCAGCAACAUUGCUAUUGAGCGAUUGAACUGUACGGGCAGCUACGGAUACGACGACGGAGAGUAUUACCGCGUGCUAGUGAACAGCGCACCUCAACCUCUGCCAGACUGCGUUGACGGACCAGGGACGAGCUGCUCGAGGAAGGGUUUUGAGGACUAUGUGCAAGACAGAGUGGACAUGUUUACUGGGUUUUCGGACAAAUGCGGCGUGGACUACAAGAACACAACGGAUAUUCUAUCGAUAUAUCAUGAUUGA